AUGGAGGCUCCAGUACUGUCGUCGGAGACUGUCGAGGAUAUCGUCCAGCAAGCGGUAACACCCGUCAAGGCCGAACACAUCGAUUCGACAUUCAAGUCAGAUAGCAUUGACCUCAUCAAUAAAGCCCUCGGCUCCCGCAUCCUCGCCUGCUCCGACGAAUGGUUCGCCGAAGCAGCCAACCUCACCACAUCCACCCCACCGAUCCGUCGACCAGGAGUGUUCACGCAUGCAGGAGCAUGGUAUGAUGGCUGGGAGACACGGCGACACAACACUAAGCCCUUCGACUGGGUCGUGAUAAGACUAGGAGUCGCAUCAGGGAAGUUCAAGGGUGUUGAGAUCGAUACAGCACACUUCAGUGGCAAUGAAGCACCUGAAGUGGGCGUAGAAGGAUGUUUCUUGAGCGAUGGCGGGGAAGAGGAUGUGAAAAGGGAGGAUUUCAGGGAAUGGGAGACUAUACUGCCUAAGCAACCUUGUGGUCCGAGCCAAAGACAUGGCUGGCUGUUGAAUAAGCCAACGAGCAAGGCAUACACCCACGUCCGGCUACAGAUGUUCCCAGACGGCGGUAUAGCACGUUUCAGACUCUACGGCGAGGUCGUGCCAGUGCUGCCACAGGAUCUGAAUGCUACGUUCGACCUGGCGGCUACAGUGAACGGAGGUGUAGCAGUCUCAUGCUCAGAUCAACACUUCGGCACAAAAGACAAUCUGCUGUUACCUGGUCGUGGCUUAGAUAUGGGCGAUGGGUGGGAGACUAAGCGCUCAAGAGGUCAACAUAUUGACUGGGUCAUCAUCAAGCUCGGCAUAGUCGGGGUGAUCGAGAAGCUGGUCAUCGACACUGCGCACUUCCGAGGCAACUUUCCACAGAACGUCGCCGUUUACGCUGCUCCGGGAAAUGGCAAUGGGAAGGCGCUUGGUGUAGACGAUGGAUCCUGGGUUGAGAUCUUGCCUCCGCAGAAAACAGGCCCUGAUAAGGAGCACGAGUAUGCCAGUGAGCUGAGGGACGUAGGCAAGGCAUAUCGCUUUGUGAAGAUGGUCAUUAUACCUGAUGGUGGGGUGAAAAGGAUAAGAGUGUUUGGUCGACGCGGAGAGAGUUGA